AUGGCGCGUGCAGAGGGCAGCAGGGCGCACAGGGCUGGAGGGCAGCAGGGCGCACAGGGCAGCAGGGCAGCAGGGCGCGCGGGGCGCACAGGGCUGCAGGGCGCGCGGGGCGCACAGGGCAGCAGGGCAGCAGGGCGCGCGGGGCGCAGCAGGGCUGCAGGGCGCGCGGGGCGCACAGGGCAGCAGGGCAGCAGGGCGCGCGGGGCGCAGCAGGGCUGCAGGGCGCGCAGGGCUGCAGGGCGCGCGGGGCGCACAGGGCAGCAGGGCGCACAGGGCUGCAGGGCAGCAAGGCGUGCAGGGCUGCAGGGCGAGCAGGGCGCGCAGGGCAGCAGGACAGCAGGGCGCGCGGGACGCGCAGGGCUGCAGGGCGCGCGGGGCGCACAGGGCAGCAGGGCAGCAGGGCGCGCGGGGCGCAGCAGGGCUGCAGGGCGCGCAGGGCUGCAGGGCAGCAGGGCGCGCGGGGCGCACAGGGCUGCAGGGCGCGCGGGGCGCACAGGGCAGCAGGGCAGCAGGGCAGCAGGGCGCACAGGGCUGCAGGGCAGCAGGGCACGCGGGGCGAACAGGGCAGCAGGGCGCACAGGGCUGCAGGGCAGCAGGGCGCACAGGGCUGCAGGGCUGCAGGGCAGCAGGGCGCGUGGGGCGCGCAGGGCUGCAGGGCGCGCGGGGCGCACAGGGCAGCAGGGCAGCAGGGCGCACAGGGCUGCAGGGCAGCAGGGCGCACAGGGCUGCAGGGCAGCAGGGCGCGCGGGGCGCGCAGGGCUGCAGGGUGCGCAGGGCAGCAGGACAGCAGGGCGCGCGGGGCGCGCAGGGCUGCAGGGCGCGCGGGGCGCAGCAGGGCUGCAGGGCGCGCGGGGCUGCCUCCCCCUGAACCUCCAAGCUCCCCCCCCCCCCUCCCAACACAAGGGGGGGGAGGGGGGCGGGGGCGGAGCUGCGCGUGCGACUGCAGGGCACGCGGGCAGGAAGAAACCGUCACCCCUCUUGCCACCCCCUUACCCUCCAUGA